AUGCAAGCUGUGUUCGAGCUACUCGUAGAACAUCGGGACACCUUAGACUUGCACGGGUUUUCCAUAAGGCAAAUUAUGACGCUCCUGGAUAAAUGCUUAAAGUGCUCCAUUUUUCGUUGGGCCGGCAACUACUAUAGACAGGUUAGGGGAUUGGCCAUGGGACAAAGACUAGCUCCCACACUAGCCAUUGCAUUCAUGUCCAAAAUAGAACAACCGAUUCUGGAACGGAAACCUUUCCUGUAUUGCCGUUAUAUUGAUGACUGUUGCAUUAUAUGCUCCACUCAAGACGAGAUGGACACUUGUUUCGAGCUUCUAAACCAACAGUCCCCUUACAUACGGUUCACAAGGGAGAAACCCAAAGAAAAUUGGCUGUCCUUCCUCAAUGUAGAAAUACAGUGGUCGAAUGGUGAAUGGAAGACACGAUGGUUCCGAAAACCUAGCAGCAAAAACAUUUUAGUUUAUUGUCUUUCCGCUCACCCUUGGAAAACUAAGAAAUCUGUGGUUAAAAACAUGUUUAGGACAGCCGUAAGGGUGACAUCAGAUGUCCAGGAGCGGAUCGAUGCGAUCAACCUAGCGCAACGCAUCGCGAAUUCUAACGGUUACAUUGGUAAUGUAGCACGUAGGCCAGAUCUUGGUGCGCAGCAAGAAUAUGCCACACGGGUUGAGUCGAAUAAGAUCAAUUUCUGCCUGCUCUUCAUAACCGACGACCUGAGUAAAGCUAUACGGGCUAGUCUGGUGAAAUGCGGUCUCGAGGACCAAGUGAGAGUUGUGGAAAUACCCCCAACAAAUCUCAAAAAACUAGUCCGAAACAGAAUGUAA